AUGGCGACGACAGUGAAGGUGGUAAGCAGGGCGAAGUGGGAGCCGGGUAUGCAGGAAUCUGACAUGAUGGACCAGCUGCCGGACGGUGAAAGCCGGGUGGAUGCCGAGACGGAGCAGAUAAUGCUGGUUUCGUUGGGUUGCUUCUGUGGCCCGAAGCUCUCCUUCAAGAACAUCGGCAGAGGUGCUGAGACACUGCCCUUUGACUGGAUGCGAACACGGCAUGAGGGUUUGGUACAUUUCUUGCGGAAUGGCUGGGACGAGAGCACUGGUUGGAAUGGCUUCUUCGAAUUCAAUUCCAAGAAGGUAGUGCCUGGAGUCAGCAUGACAACGUACAGGAGUUACUACCACUCCUUCUGGCAUGAUGACCCGACCGAUGCCGGCAUGCACGAGAGAUACCUGCGCCGCAUCAAUCGCUUCAACAACAUCGAUGCAACAUCGAAGCCCGUUCUCUUCGUGCGAACCGUGCCCACGACGCAGGAGCUUAAGGUAGUUCCUGAGCUUCUCGAGCUGCUGAUCAAGAGGCACGGAAAGCAUGCAUGCUUGCUGCUUAUCAUUGACUUCCAGAAGACUGCCGAUGGGCCUGCACUGGUUGAAGGUAUGGACAACAUAAUGGUACACUACAUGCCGGGCAGCAAGCAUGUAAAUCAGGAGGGAUUGCCGGCUCCACCCUAUGGCGAGGCAGUGAACCUAGCAUUGGAUUGGAUUGUUGGUCGACCUGUAUCCGUCAUGCAGUUUGAUGGUUGGGACACCAUCAUGAAGUGUGCUGACCCUACCGACUGGGGGCUAAACGGCCUUGGCGGACUCUGGGCCUUCGAGCCCAGCUUAGACUCUCCCGAAGAAGAGCCCUUGGAGCCCUUGCCUGAUCCGUUGCCGCAGCUCCCCCCACUGACUUCCACGAUGCUGACCGAAACCUGGGCGCGCAAGGCGGUUGACGAGGAUCGACCUAAUGUUGAUGACAUGAAAGUGGUCUCACUUGGCUCCAGCGGCCUGGUGAAGGCUUCACUGCUGGCAAUGGGGAUCGACAGCCCCGAGUUGCCGUUCGAUUGGCUUCAGAUUAGCGAUUCCGGCGUGCUGCAUUUCAUUGGUCAUGGCUGGGAGGCACCCACUCGUGAAGGGCUAGGAGCCGGUGGGCAGCGACCAUCCGAAAAACAUGGAUUCUUCGACUACAUGACCAGGAGAAGUGUUCCUGGAACCUCGCUGGUCAUGUGCCGCUCGUACGUCCAUUCCUUUUGGCAUGAUGAUCCCGCAAAGCCAGAGGUUCGUGAAAAAUUCACAAGACUUUUUACGCAGUUCGACGAGCUCGCGAAAGAAGAACGCAGUCUCAAGCUUUUCGUGCGGUCUGUGGCGACCUCGAGCGAACUCGGACGGGCUCACGACCUGAUGGAGGCCGUGACCGCGAAGUUUGGCAAACAGGCUGCGCUGUUGCUGAUCUGCGACUUUCAGAGUAAAGUCCAGGGACCGCACAUGGUGGAUCCUUACGAGGAUCUUUUGGUCUACUUCUUGGAGGGAUCCGCCCACAAGGAGGCGAUUCCAUACAAGAAGCCAAUCCUUGCCGCAUUGGACUGGGUUGCCGGGAUGGAGCUUCAGGUGGACGUCGCUUCCGACUUCAAGGCUCUGGAAGCUUUGGCCGAGCCAACUUUGUGGGGACUGCGUGGCUUAGGCGGCUUCAACGCCUUCGAGAUGUUGCCACCUGACGACGACGGUGAGUGGCAACCUGGGCCUGAAGAGAAGUGGCUCGUCGAUGCCAAGAUUGAGGCGGACAAUGACAACAAUGCCGCGGAAAAGUGGCUUGCCAGCUUUUCAAUGCAUGACUUGGACCCGUCUUCUUCGCUAGUGUUGAGGGAGAGACAGGCACUGUCUAAGCACAUGAUUUGCGCAGAUGUAGCCGCAGCAUGUUGGCUCCUGAUUCAUUCUUUCGUCGCAAUGCCAUGA